AUGGAGGGAAGAAUGUGUAAGAUAUGUAAUAAGGUGUUCUCUAAUGGCAGAGCUUUGGGUGGUCAUAUGAGAUCUCAUUUAGUCACAUUACCCAUUCCAUGGAAGAAACCAAUUCAUGCGUUGCAACUCAGUAGUCGCACCACAACCGACUCAACUACUUCAGCUUCACUGUCUUGUGAUCAUUCGGAGGAUGACGAAGACCAGGAGAAGAUUUUGAUGUACGGAUUAAGGGAGAAUCCUAAGAGAAGCUUCAGAGUGGCGGAUCCGGAGUUUUUGGAUCACGGAGGGUCCGGGUUUGUGCUUCAGGAAGACAGGGAGAGUGAGACGGAGGUGAACCGAAAGAUGAAUCCGACUCGGAAGAGAUCGAAGAGAGCCAGGGUUACGCGUUCGGUGAAGGAACCGAGUUUGAGUACUGAUUUGGAACCGGUGAUCAUGAGUUCGGUAUCUGAUCAUAUUAAUUCUGCCGAGGAGGAUGUUGCUCUGUGUUUGAUGAUGCUUUCACGUGAUGUCUUGAGCUUCAUUAACUCAGGCGAGUCUAAUCCGAGCCAGAAUCGGUCCAAGUACCAGUGCGAGACUUGCGACAAAGUGUUCGACUCGUUCCAAGCACUGGGCGGUCAUAAAACGAGUCACCGGAGAAUCGAUAACGAUUUCGCUUUCUCCGGCGGUGGCAACAAGUCUAGGAAGAAUGUAGUUCAGGAUGAUGGAAAAUUACAUGAAUGCCCAUAUUGUUAUCGGGUGUUCGGGUCGGGUCAAGCAUUGGGUGGGCAUAAGAGGUCACAUGUAUUGGGUUCAUCAACAACAACUGCUUCAGACUCUUUUGGUGGUAAAGGCGAUGCAAGUGUAAAUUUGGUUAAUUCUACCAAAGCCCAGGGUAAUUUGGUAAUUAUUGAUCUUAACUUGCCAGCUCCAACUGAAGAUGAAGAAAACUCAGCCGUCUCGGAUGCUGAAUUUUACCAAUCCCCGUUGCAUCUUUGA